UCGACAUCCGUCAUCCUGUCAAUUGCUGUCAAUUGUCAAACGCCAGCUUAUAGAUUGCUGUCAAAAAUUAUGGAAAAAUAUUUACGAAAUUAGUUGCACGAAAAUAAAUUUUAUUUGUUCAAAAUAUAAAUCAUUUACAAUGGAGUUUGAUAUUAUGACUUCGAAUAAUAUCUGCCGGACUUGUCUGAAAGAAUCUGUGAAUUUAAAACCGCUGUUAAAUGAAAUAGAUAAAGAUGGUCGAACUAUUUGUGAAGUGUUAGCUUUCGUAUCAAAUAUUGAUAUUUGUAUCAACGACCGAUAUCCGAAUCAUGUCUGUGGACCCUGCCAAGACAAUUUAUUAAAAGCUGAGGAAUUCAAAAAGCAGUGCAUUCAAUCAGAGAGUGUACUAAAAGUGUGCUUCGGCCGCAACGAGCUCGAGAAGUCGACGGUCAAAUACGAAAACAUUCCUCACUCUAAUGCCGAUAAAGAUUACUACCAGUGUGCUAUAUGCUUCCUCAAGUUUCCCGAUGGACGAUUACUGGAAGACCACGUCGCGUGUCAUAGAACUUUUAAAGAAGAAUUUGGUCCUAAGCCGCUAGGUUCCCCCUCAUUGGUUAUAAAGCCCGUUCACUCUCACCAAUACAAGAAUCCGUUAAAAAAUAAUGUAGAGGAAAAUCCAAUGACGUUGAAGGAGGAGGCACUAGAUUUUGAUCAUGACCUUUUCCAGGAUGAGAUAACUUUCAGUCCCAAAACUUUAGAAAUUGAAGUCCCGAGUUUUAAGCCUCCGAAUAAUUCUAAAGAUUGCAUUAAUACUGUACUGCAUGUGUGUAAAACUUGUAACAAAGCUUUCGAUACUAAAAAGGCCCUAGUAAAACAUUAUACCACUCAUUCAAAGAUUGUACCUAAGGAGGAGUACCAAUGUCAUCUGUGCAACCGCAAAUGUCUGAAGAAGUCAUCGCUGGUCUCGCAUUUGAAGAGUCACGAACAUAAAGAUAAGAUAAAGUACACAUGCCCCACUUGCAAUAGAGAAUUUCAGCACCAAGCCCAUCUAGACAAACACAUACUCUCUGUCCAUGAUAAAAAAGUCAUAUUCUCAUGCACACGGUGCUCCAAAUGGUUUCCCACACAAUUGAGUCUAGAAGCCCAUCAAGAAAGUCACAAGGUAGAUAAAAAACAUCAGUGUAAGACAUGCGGAAAGGCAUUCUACAUGCUCUCCACCUUGCAGGACCAUGAACGCACUCACACAGGAGAAAAGCCCUUCCUAUGUUCAGUUUGCGGCAAAGGCUUCAGUCAAAAAACAAAUUUACAGCAGCACACUAGAAGACAUUUGGGAAUUAAAAUGUUUAAAUGUGACCAGUGUGAAAUGACGUUUAUAUCUAAAGGGGAACUGCAAUCACAUGUGCGGAAACAUACUGGAGCACAUCCCUUCAUAUGCGAUGAAUGUGGCAACGGUUUUACGACAUCCAGUUCUCUUGUGAAGCACCGACGCACCCACACGGGGGAACGGCCCUAUGCAUGCGACCUAUGCCCAUUAAGGUUCAAAGUAUUAGGAACUCUAAAGAAUCAUAGAAGGACCCACACAGGAGAAAAGCCGUAUCAAUGUUCACACUGUGAGAAAGCUUUUAUACAAAGACAGGAUCUGAUAUCUCACAUACGCUGUCAUACGGGCGAACGUCCCUUCACAUGUACGGUGUGUGGGCAAGCGUUCAGAAAGUCAACAGCUCUUAAAGCUCAUAUAAAAAUACAUGGAAUGAUGGAAUGAUAAUAUUUUAUAAUAAUGACUUUUUGUCAAUUUGCAAAUUGAAUAAUUUAAAAUUUUAUUUA